AUGGGGACGCCCCAGUUCGCCGUGCCAGCGUUGGACAUCCUGGGGGCCAUCCCAGCAGUUGAAGUAGUGGCGGCCUAUACUCCGCCCGACCGGCGGCGGGGCCGGGGCCAGGUGAUGGAGCCGUCACCGGUGAAAACACGGGCCCAGGAACUGCACAUCCCGGUGCUCCAGCCGGCCACGCUGCGAAACUCCGCAGCGAUUGGCGAGUUUUCCGAACUGAAGCCGGACAUCGUCAUCGUCGUCGCCUACGGCCGGCUGCUGCCCGCGGGAGUGUUGGAGUUGCCCCGAUUCGGCUGCCUGAACCUGCAUCCCUCGCUGUUGCCCCGCCAUCGCGGCCCUUCCCCGGUGCCGGGCGCGAUCCUGAAUGGCGACGACACAACCGGCGUCACAUUGAUGUUGCUGGACGAGGGGAUGGAUACCGGGCCGGUGAUCGCGCAGCGCACUCGAAAUAUCUUCCCGAGCGACGAUGCCGAAUCGCUCACCAAUGAGCUGUUCCGGGACGGGGCUGACCUGCUUGGCGUUGCGCUUCCCGGCUGGGUAUCCGGCGACAUGCCGGCCCGCCCGCAGGAUGACGCGCUUGCCACCCACACGUCGAAGAUGGAACGCGCGGAUGGGCUGGCCGAUUGGAGCCGGUCCGCUGAGUACCUGUGGCGGCAGCAGCGGGCCUUCAAACCGUGGCCCGGCCUGCACACCGCAUGGGGCGGGAAGGAGAUCAAGCUCCUGGAGGUUUCGCCUUUGCCGGGCGGCAGCGUCGAACCGGGGACGGUGGUUCGCACCGACACGGACCGGCUGGCCGUAGGAACGGGCGAAGGACUGCUCGCGGUCCAUCGCCUGCAGUUGGAAGGGCGACGGCCCGCGGAUGCGUCUGACUUCGUGCGGGGGUAUCCUGAUUUCGUCGGCGCACGGCUGGGAUGA